CCUCCACAUAAGUGGACCCUAUUCUUCGUUUAUCUUUACCGAACCCCCUGAUCUACUUGUGUCGUGGGCCCUCUGAGCAAUCCUCGGUUUGGAUCAAUGUGAAUCGUCAUUUGGGAAGAGCUGAGUGCGACUCGGCUCCAGCACAGGAUCGAGGUCAGGAGUGUCCUCCAAUGGGUGCUGGCUUUCAGAGCUCGCGAGUAUCACUACAACCAGUUAGCCUUUGAACGCUGCUUGACAGGAGGCACGAGAUUUUAACAUGUAUAUGACUUGUACACAUGUCGGUGGAUUUAAGUCUUAUCACCGCUAAACUUGGAGAAGAGAGGUUUCCGGUGGUGGGGGGCAGUCAUUGAUUUUAUAUAAAUUAUCAAGACCCCUCUAAGCAUUCCAAUUAACUUUCAACUCAAUCAUAGAAUAUUACUCUAUCGAAAACCAUUCGAGACCUUCAACAUGAAUUCAACCAUCAUUCUCAUUACCGGUGCCAAUUCCGGCGUCGGCUACGCCACAACCAAAGUCCUAGUCUCCGCCUCAAAAGACUUCCACAUCAUAAUGACAAGCCGCUCUCUCACCAAAGUUAAAACCGCAAUGGCCGAACUCGAAGCUUCGAAACCAGCAGGCUCUCUAUCCGCCCUCGAACUCGACGUCACGGACCAGCAAUCCGUCGACACCGCCGUCGCCCACGUCACCUCUCAAUACGGGCAUCUCGACGUCCUGAUCAACAACGCUGCAAUCGGCUCCCGAGGCCCAGACGUCAUGAAGCGCUUCCAAGACUGCCUAACCACAAACGUCAUCGGUCCCGCUGUCGUUGCGGCGGCUUUCAGACCACUGUUGCUCAAGUCCUCCAACCCUUACUCGCUCUUCGUGAGCAGCGGUGCGGCAUCCAUGGGCAAGGCGUCUGAUCCGACGGAUGCCGUUUACAAGGUUAAUAUCCCGAAUGGAGGGGCGUAUCGGGUGAGCAAGGCGGCGCUUAACAUGCUGGUGUUGCAGGAAUGGAUUAAGUAUGCGGAGACGGGGUUGAAGGUUUUUGCUGUGUGUCCGGGGUUUGUGAGAUCCAAUCUGAGGGGAAAGAGCGAGGAGGAGGUUAGUGGGUGGGGACAGGCGGGGGAUCCGGUCGUUGCGGGGGAGAUGAUUUUGGGGAUUGUGAAGGGGGAGAGAAAUGCUGAUGUUGGAAAGUUUGUUUGGAAGGAUGGGGUUUAUGCUUGGUGA